UUCAGGGCACAUAUUUUGCUCCGGGCCUCAACGUUUGGGUUACUAAAGACGAGAUAUCUCCUGUGCUCAAUGUGUUAAAUAACUCUUUAGUGUCCCAGGUAAGAGAAAAUUCACUGACAAAUUCAGAUACUUAAUGAUUUGUAAAUAGAAUGCUACUUGAGUUUGUAAUAUACCUUAUAUUAACGUUAUAUUUCUAAGUAGUUCCUGAAAUUUGCUACCAAUAUUUCUAUUGCAAGUAAGAGGUUCAGCAUAGCAAGCUACUAAUUGCUUCAUGCGCAUGGAUCAUUCAGAGAUCUUUUAUCAUUGAAAUACCGUCGAUAAUCUCUGAAAAUCAAAGUAAUUUCCCUCGAAACCGCAGAGAUACACGUUUAUAAUUGUUCUUCUGACGCAUGCGUGUUAGGGAAUGGAUAAUUACAGGGAUGGCGCGUGCGCUCCGCCAUUUGAAAUCCAAGCCCGCUGGACUCUUCUAUAAUUUUAAUUCAGUCACGAUGCAGCGAACCGAGUUUCGCUACCUUCCGUAUCGUUGGAACAGAACCUCCCGAAGAAUGUAGCGACUAAUCGAACCGUAUCGUGGAACCUGUUCUUUUUUCGUUAUUAAACUUACCCGCUGAGAUGUAUUUCUUAAUCGCGCGAGUGUUGGGAAGUUCGUGCAAGACUAUAAAAAAAAUUACGCGGUGAAAUCGAGCGAAACUAUGGCAAAAUUCUUAGCUACCGUGAAGGCGAUAAUUACAAGAUUGGUUUUCGCGUCGCACGGUUUCAUAGCGAUCUGGCAGGUGACGACGUUCAAGAAGAAUCCUCUCUUUUGGUACCUGAGCUGCCCCAUUCUGUUGCUCUUCUUCGAGGGCGUCUUCACGCUCACUAUAAAGGAAAACCAGGAGUGGAAGUGGUUCUGUCCGUCCGUGUUCCUGUACCUCAGCAGCGUGGUGCCAGCGAUAUGGCUGUUGGAGCUGGACAAGGUCGACAGGAGGCUGAAAGCGUUCGAGUCGAACGUGAACAUAUCGGAGAACUUGGACCUGACCAAUUUGGCGGCGGAGGACUUGAAGAACUUGGAGAAAGCCUUUGGCGUGAACAUCCACCUGCCAGAGAUACAGAUCUCCACCGAGACGUGGGUGACCCUAAUCGAGCAGUUCCUGAUGCUGAUACUGAUCAUUGGAAGAUGGAUGUUGCCGAAGGGCGACCUGACGCGCGACCAGCUGAGCCAGUUGCUGCUGGUUUACAUAGGGACAGCCGCGGACAUCAUCGAGUUCUUCGACUCCUUCAAGGAGGACCGCAUCGCGCGGGAGCCUGUACUCGUGUACUUGACUCUUGGCAUCUGGGCGUGGUCCUUGAUGCAGUUCACGGUUGUACUGACCGCCACCAAGUCCAGGAAGUCCAGGCUCUCCUCAGGCGGCGUCGCGAAGAAGAGGGUGCACGCCCAGACCAGCUGCUGCAGCAUAGACGUCUGGGGAAUCGCGUUGAACAUGCUGCUGCAGGAUGGCCCAUUCCUGGCGUUCAGACUGAUCCUGAUCAUCCACUACCGCAUAGUCAGCUACAUGAACAUCUUCUUCACCUGCAAGAACACCCUGGUGAUACUCUUGCAGCUGUAUCGCCUGUACGUCGUGCAAACUGAGAACAAAAGCAAGCAUAAGAAGCGAAAGCCCAAGAUGACGAACAUCAGCAUCAUCUCCAGGGGAGACGUGUACAGGGACGCGAAGGACAGAAGAAGGAGAAGAAGAGACAGAGACGUGGAGGCCAAUUGCUCCGACAGUGAAGAGUCCACGGAGGAAAUGGACAAGUUCGACUCUUCUCCCAGGAGCUCAGGGCGCUCCAAACGGAAGAGUCGCCAGGACACUGGGUACUCCACGUCGAGCUCACGGAAUUCUGCGAGGCGCGGCAAGUCCCAGAAGAGCGAGAGCAGAAGGUCGUCGCGCAGGGAAGAACCCAGACGCAAGGUUUCCUCGGACGAUGAGAAGCGCAGGAGGAAGGAGAAAGGGGACAGGAAGUCCUCUGAUGGUGGCAAGACGAAAUCCAGGAACGACGACUCCAGUAAAAGCUCUGGCAAGAGCAGGAGGUGCAAAGACGACAGCGAGGACCAGUCCUCGAUGGAGGAAGUGGAGGAGAAGACGGCCAGCGAAGAGAGCGACUCGGAAUCUGAAAAGAAGAGGAAAGUUAAAGAAUUUGUUUCGUAUCUACUCUAUAAGGCUCUAUGUGGUCGUUACCGAUAUCCAGUUGUCCCCAGUUUCGUUCAAUUAUCAAUGUUGUUAUCAUGAGAUUAUCGAGAAA